AUGGAUUCAUCAACAACACAAAAUCAAAAUUCUUUAUCAACAUCUUAUCAUUCUGAACCAAAUUCACAACAACCUAAAAAUGAAAGUUUUACAACUAUAAUUCGACCAACAAUAAAAAAUGUUGAAAAAUAUAAACAAGAUUCUCAUCAAAGAAACAUUUUUGAAUCUGAUUUUAAUAAUUUAAAUACAAAAAGUCAAGAACUUAUUUUACGUACAGUUGAUAAAAUAAAAAAAGACGAUAGUCAACAUGUUUUAAAUACAUUAGAUGAAAGUCGAAAUAUAAUAAGAAGUUCAUUUGAAGAAUUUAAACGUGAACAAGAUGAAUGUCGAAGAGAACUUGAAGAAAUUUUAAAACAUAAAACAACAAAAGAAAUCCGUAAAGAAAAUGCAAUUCCACUUUCAAUAUUUAUGCGAAAAAAACGUGAUAUCGAUGAAUUUUCUGAUAUACGUUCGAGCUCAGGUACAAGUUCAACAGAUCAAAAUAACCUACAACAUCCAACAGAUAAGGCUGCUGUUCUUAAAUAUCUUCGUCGACGUGAAAGACGAAAACGUGCCGAAGAAACUAAAAAAAAUAAUCAAUUAUCUGAUAAUAUGUUAGAAAAAUACACAGCAGAACUUAUACGAAAAAUGGAAGGUGUAGAUAUUAAAUUAAAAAGUGAAAGAGAACGACAAAAUGAAAUUUUACGUGCUCGUGUAAAUGAAAAGAAAAUCAAAACAAAUAAUAUUAUUCAAACUAAUGAAAUUAUUGGUCAAGCUAAUGAAGCCGAUUUAGCUCGGCAACGUAUUGAAAAAACACAUCGAAAAAAAAUUGAAACACGUUUAUCAGCUGUACGUCAUCUACAAAAUCGUAAUCCAAAAAAUAUAAUUCAUGUUCAAGGUAAUUUAAAUGAAAAUGAUGAUGAAAAAUUAAAUGACGAACAAAUUGAAACAACUAAAAAGUCUAUUCAAUUAUUAAAUAAUAAUGAUGAAUAUCGACAAAUACGUUCAACAACAACAACACCAGUUUAUGGAAAUGGAAAUACAAAUGAUAAAGUUGCGACUAUUGACAUUUAA